GUAAGUGUCAAUGUCAAAACAUUUUGUCUAUGCCUUUUCCUGUUAAGUUAUUCCCGUGAGAGAAACAAAAUGGGACGUUACUCUCGGGAGCCGGAUAAUCCAGCCAAGUCAUGCAAGGCGCGUGGCUCAAACCUCCGUGUUCAUUUCAAGAACACUUAUGAAACGGCGAUGGCGAUCAGAAAGAUGCCUCUGCGCCGCGCCGUGCGUUACUUGAAGAACGUGACAGAGAAGAAGGAGUGCAUUCCCUUCCGUCGCUUCAACGGCGGUGUGGGCCGCUGCGCGCAGGCGAAGCAGUUCGGCACCACGCAGGGCCGCUGGCCCAAGAAGUCCGCGGAGUUCUUGCUCCAGCUGCUCAGGAACGCAGAGUCCAACGCUGACUACAAAGGCCUAGAUGUUGACAGGCUGGUCAUUGAUCACAUUCAGGUGAACCGCGCGCCUUGCCUGCGUAGACGCACGUACCGCGCCCACGGUCGCAUCAACCCCUACAUGUCCUCGCCCUGCCACAUUGAGGUGUGCCUGUCGGAGCGCGAGGCCGCCGUGGCGCGCGCCGCGCCGGCCGACGACGCGCCGGCCAAGAAGAAGCUCUCCAAGAAGAAGCUGGCUCGCCAGAAGGAGAAGAUGAUGAGGGAAUAGAAUAAACAACUCUAAACAGUA